UCCUUCCGCAUCUAUCGCGCUUCCCGUUCGCGGUUCCCAUAGAUCUCCUUUCCACGGUUAAAGGCUACUUUCUCUUGAAGCAUAUAAGGAGCUGCCCUAGCUACCUCGACAUUGAAGCGCUUCGCGUUCUCGCUCAUUCUCUCUGCCGAAACUAUGCCUGACUCCACCGGAGUCGGGUAGAGGAGGCAAGAGGAAGAAGCGCUUGGAGGCCGUAGCAGAGAGGACCUGUUCGCACUUCCUCUGUCUGGGCUCCGGAAGGUAGCGCGCACGCGCUCCCUGCUACUCCGGCGCGGUUGACUUCCGCUCCCACUGUGCCCUGCGAGCCGAAUCAUGGAUCACACUGAUAAUGAGUUACAAGGCACUAAUAGUUCUGGAUCAUUGGGUGGUCUUGAUGUUCGUAGACGAAUUCCUAUAAAGCUCAUCUCCAAGCAAGCGAACAAAGCUAAACCUGCACCUCGAACACCAAGGACGAUAAACAGGAUGCCUGCAAAGGCUCCUCCUGAUGAUGAAGAAGGAUUUGAUUAUAAUGAAGAAGAGCGGUAUGACUGUAAAGGGGGAGAACUAUUUGGAAAUCAGCGAAGAUUUCCUGGACACCUUUUUUGGGAUUUUCAGAUAAACAUCUUAGGUGAAAAGGAUGAUACACCAGUUCAUUUCUGUGACAAAUGUGGAUUGCCUAUUAAAAUCUAUGGGCGAAUGAUUCCGUGCAAGCAUGUUUUUUGCUAUGACUGUGCUAUUUUACAUGAAAAAAAGGGAGAUAAGAUGUGUCCAGGCUGUAGUGAUCCUGUGCAGCGAAUUGAGCAGUGUACACGAGGUUCUCUCUUCAUGUGUAGCAUUGUUCAAGGUUGCAAGAGAACGUAUUUGUCUCAAAGAGACUUACAGGCUCAUAUCAAUCACCGCCAUAUGAGAGCUGGAAAACCUGUUACCCGUGCUUCACUUGAAAAUGUUCAUCCUCCUAUUGCCCCACCACCAACUGAAAUCCCUGAUCGUUUUAUGAUGCCGCCAGACAAGCACCACAUGAGCCAUAUUCCGCCAAAGCAGCACAUCAUUAUGCCACCACCUCCUUUGCAACAUGUGCCUCACGAGCACUAUAAUCAGCCACAUGAGGAUAUUCGUGCUCCUCCAGCAGAAUUGUCCAUGGCUCCACCUCCACCUCGUUCGGUCAGUCAGGAAACCUUUCGUAUUUCGACAAGAAAACACAGCAAUUUAAUAACUGUCCCUAUUCAGGAUGAUUCAAAUUCAGGUGCUAGAGAACCACCACCUCCUGCCCCAGCACCUGCUCACCAUCAUCCUGAAUAUCAGGGUCAACCAGUGGUAUCGCACCCUCAUCAUAUUAUGCCUCCACAGCAACAUUAUGCACCACCCCCACCUCCUCCACCACCAAUAAGCCAUCCAAUGCCACAUCCUCCCCAGGCUGCAGGUACUCCUCACUUGGUUUAUAGCCAAGCUCCACCUCCACCAAUGACCUCUGCUCCACCACCAAUAACCCCUCCCCCUGGACAUAUUAUUGCCCAGAUGCCACCUUAUAUGAAUCAUCCUCCUCCAGGACCUCCCCCACCUCAACAUGGUGGUCCACCUGUAAGUGCACCCCCUCCUCACCAUUAUAAUCCUAACUCUUUACCCCAGUUCACUGAAGAUCAAGGAACUCUGAGCCCUCCAUUUACACAACCAGGGGGAAUGAGUCCUGGUAUAUGGCCUGCACCAAGAGGGCCACCACCUCCUCCACGAAUGCAGGGUCCGCCUUCUCAAACCCCACUUCCUGGACCACAUCAUCCAGAUCAGACAAGAUAUAGACCGUAUUACCAAUGAUAAUAGUAUUUUGAACUGAAAAUAUGAUGAGAAAAAAAAAAAAAAACUAUGUAUAGCCAACCUUUUAAUUAAGCUUUGACUGUUUCAGGAAGGAAAAGCACCUCUUCCAGAGGUGACUCUUAGAACACUUAGGGUCUUGUCUCUUAAAAUUGUUUUAAACCUUGACCUUAGGACAGAUUUCAAGUACUAUACUGUAGUGCAGAUAAGUGGCUCAGUUGAGCACAGCUUUAUUGUAACAACUUUGUUCCAGUAGUGUGGUAACUGACCCAGAGGUGACCAUUUGUAAUAUUUCCUAAAAAAAUUUUCGUUGUUCCACUUUCAAAAGUAUUGCUUUUGUUAAAUCCAAUGUUUAGUUUUUCUUGUGGUACAUUUUGUUAACCUGUGUAAAAGGAUUAAAUUUCGAUAUGGUUGUCAAAAUGCUGUUUUUAUGUGAAUUUAGGUGCAGCUACAUACUGUUUUUUUUAAAACCAUAUGUUUUACCACUAAUUUCCCAAAGUUACAAUAAAGCCCUAAACGUGGAAAUUUGCUAGAAUUUACUGUAAGGCAGACAGUUAAAUGGUGAAUUAUUUCACGUUAAGCACUGAAAUUUUGAGCUAUAGCAAGUAUAUAAUACACUUCACUUGGAUGCCUUUUAAUUUUUAGGCAGCCUCUGAGGCACCAAAAUACAUUUGAAUUCCAGUACAAGAUAUAUUUAUGUUUGUAAUGUUCAAAGGCGUUAAUAAUUAUUUGGAUAGAUAUGGCCAGAGUAAUCAAGUCUAUAGGCUCCAAGCUGGUGGGGGAUGCUGUAUUGUUUUUUUCUUUUCCCCUGAAUGGUUGGAAUCAUAACACAUCACAUUUAUUAACUUUAAGUAACAUUAUUUUAAAUGGUGUCUGUUAGUUGAAGUGUGUCCUGCUUUGCUGAUUGUCUUAAAUAUUUAGGGCUGUAUAGGCUUUAUAUAAUUCCUCUUUUUCUGUGCUUAAGUAGUUUUUUCUUUAUUUGGUUUUACACUACUAUUUGAAUGCCAUGGAGAAAUUUGAGUAAUGUAUUAAUGAAGGACAUCCUUGUAAUCACAAACCUACAUUUGCUCAUUUUUCAUUACUGUGUGAAAAAAGUUUUUCCUCUAACUUGAAAUUUGAAAACUAUUAAUUAUUUCCUUAAUUAUUUCCUUUCCUUUCAUUGAUAAAGCACUCUAAACCUGGAACAUUUUAGCAUGAAGUUAGCAGUGAAGACUACCAGAUGAUUUUGUAUUGGAGAAAAGUAAUGACUAAAUUAUGAAUUUCAGUGCUUUAUAAGGUGCCUUUUGAGUCAACUUUUGCAUUAUAGGGGCUUGUUACAGUCCAGCUAAGAUGACCACUUACAGUUUAUACAGAACUCAUGUAUAAAUUGACAUUCUUAGGAUAUUACUAUAUCCUUUGGAAAAAACCCUGUGAAGUUUUCCUUCCCCCUAAAAUGGUGCAUAAUAUAAACAUUAAAUGUAUAGUAGGCAGACACCGUUUAUUAGUUUGUAGUAUAUAAAUUUAGAACAUGUUUCUUUUUGGCAAGGGAAGAGCUGAUUGCUAAUUUACCAUUUUAUUCUGUCAGGUACAGGCAAAACAAAUUCUCAUGUUGGAUGAUCAGAUGCAAAGGUGUCUGAUCUUAAAGCUGAAGUUAGGAAUAAUAUAAAUGGCCAUUUCAACCUUGACCGGCCGAAAAUAUCUAUUACUUUUUUUUAAAAAGUUAAGUAAGUGAAUUUUCACACCUACCAGUUUGAGAGUCCAGUGUUAAUGCAAUAUUUCUAGUGAGAAUUUCUUGUUAUUAGAAGCAUGGGAGUGAAAUAGUGUGAAAUGUUGGUGAAUACUUCUAUCAGAUUACUGUAGGUACUUGGACUGGUGUAAACUUGAUUCUCUUUAAUGCCCUUGUUUAAUACUGUUAAAAUAUUACUGUUAAAAAUCCAGUACCAUUUUUUGUUUCAUGUAAUGAGAAAUAGCCAAAUUCACUUUAAAGUUUCUCAACUACUUAUGAAGAGCUCUCUUGUUUUUAUUGAAAUUCACUAGAGAUUGGAAUGUGGUAUGAAACCACUUAUCCUAUACAUUGGACAAAAAAUUAAGUAUCAUGAUAAAGUUCCAUGUUGAAAGAAGUAGGCCUUUUUAAAAAUGAUUUAUUCUCAGUUACGUUUAAGAAAUAUAUUAUGCAGGGAGUCAGAUCACCUGAAUGUGUUGUAGCAAACAAAAUUUUAAAAUGGUAUUAGACUUGAAUUCAUCCAGUUGGUGUUUGAAUGAGAAUGGAUGGGUAGAAGCAUAACAAAAUUACUGUUAGUGUUUCUUUCCUUAAGGAAAAAAGAUGUGAAUCCCAGCCUUAUUUCAGGGAAGCCUUUGAAGCUAUGAUGGACGUAAGUCUAAAUUAAAUGUAUGUGUGUUUCAUUAUAUUGCUCUUAAGACUACUGAAGUGACAGUUUAAUUCUUAAAAACAAUAAAAUGGAAGCAUAAAUAC